CCUCCCCAGCCUCAGUGGUGGUGCGUGAGGGUAGCCCGCUUCCUGCAGGCGGUUUGCACGGAACUUGUAGAAUCUGAUUUGUAACCUCAAGAAUCUUCGAGAUGAAGAAUCUUCCUUCCUCCAGACAGGACAAGAGCACCUUUGGUGAAAUUUUGCCUUCCAACUUCUUCAGUCGGUAUUUGUCCAUCAUGGAACGGCUGCCAGAGGAGCUCCACAGCAUCUUCUCUGAGAUGGUGGUCCACCUAGCCAACAUCACCGCCCUGGUGGAAAACUUCUUCCAGGUGAUGAUCACCAGGACCCAGCAAGGCGUCCUGGAGACGAGCAAGACCACCCAGAACUCAGUUAAGAAAGAAGACAAAGAGGCCCCAGAGUCUGCAGCCCCCCCCAAGUUCAAAGCCACCCCAGGGCCUCAAGUGUCCACCAGACGUCGGUUCCUCUCAGAGGUCGAUGAGGCCCAGGAUCCGCAGCCUGUCUGGGACAAGGAGCCCCAGUUCUGGCAAGAUUUCCUGACCCAGGAACUCUGGAAAAUUUUCAUGGACAGCUGCCAAAAGAACCAACAGGAGCACAGGGGUGAGGGUUUCUCACAGAAAAGCAAAGACUCUAAACCGAAACCUCGGCCCAGGCACAGAAACAGCCUGAGUGACUCUGCUGACCCCAUCCUGAGCAAGUCCCCCUCAGGCCUGCUAGGUGAUUACCAAGGAGAUAUCAGUCAGCCCCAAUCUGAGACCCAGGAAUCUUCUAGAAGAGCUGAUACAUUUCUGAAGCCCUUGUCCUGGGACUCUGAAGUCUCAGAGAGCAGCUGGAAGAGACCUGGCACAUCACUCAUGCAAGUGGAGAGGUUCACGGGCCCCCAAGCGCUGCAUAAGGUGCGUGUGCUGAGACACCAGGAGCUGCUGUUGGCGACAGCCAUAAACUCCUUCACACAACACAUCUUCACCUGCAGCCCUAGUGGCAUCAAAGUGUGGAGUCUCAUGAACCAGGUGGCUGAGGACAGACACCCCGAAAGCCACUUGCGAUGCAGUGACCAGGCCAACAAGGCGUACCUGCGCACCUGCGUGCUGUCCUCCAACAGCAGAACCUUGUUCGCUGGUGGGUACAACUUACCCGGUGUGAUCGUGUGGGACCUGGCAGCCUCGUCCCUGUAUGAGAAGUACCAGCUGCCUUGCAAGGGCCUGUCCUGCCAGGCGCUGGCCAGCACAAAAGAAGACACGGCCAUUGCAGGCUUCUCAGAUGGCACGGUCAGGAUAUGGGACCUACGGACUCGGGGAAUAAUCAGGGACCUCAAAGGCCCUGACAGCUCAGCCAAGAACCUUGUGGUGAGAGAUGGCAGUGUCUGGACGGGGGGCCUGGACGCCUGUCUGCGACGCUGGGACCUGCGGAUGGCCAAGGUGUCGAUGGAGUAUUCGUUCCAGUCCCAGAUCAUGAGUCUGUCUCACAGUCCAACUGAAGACUGGCUGCUGCUGGGCCUGGCCGAUGGCCAGCAGUGCCUGUUCAGCAGUGAAGGCAGCCAGAUGCUCACUGCAGGCACCAAGAACAAGACCAUCCUGGACCUCAAGUUCUCCCCAGAUGGCCAGUGGUGGGCGAGCGUAGGUCUGGACAGCCUUGUCACCCUCCACAGCAUGCCCGCAGGAGCAAAACUGUUUCAGGUCCCUGAGGCUGCCCCUGUCAGAUGCCUCGACAUGACUGAGAACGGCAGGCUCCUUGUCACAGGAUCUGGGGACUGUGCCUCGGUUUACCACAUCAAGUAUUGACAGCCUCAACUCCCCUCCCCAACUGCACAGUGGUGGAUGGCAAUGGGUGUGAAGGGUCUGCAAUGCUUCUGGGAGAGUUCCAUGGAGUGUGCAGACCCCCAGUCACAUGUAAUAAAGCAAUUGAAAAGGC